CCCAGGUUGUGUACGGCUUCCGGCCCGCGGGGUCCGGUCAGUGUCCAGCGGGAGCAGGUUGAAUGAGGCCAGUGCGACUCAUGAAGGUGUUCGUCACCCGCAGGAUCCCCCCCGAGGGCAGGGCAGCGCUCGCCCGGGCCGCCGACUGCGAAGUGGAGCACUGGGAUUCAGAUGAGCCCAUCCCCAACAAGGAGCUGGAGCGAGGCGUGGCCGGGGCGCACGGCCUGCUUUGCCUCCUCACUGACCGCGUGGACAAAAGGCUCCUGGAUAUCGCAGGGCCCAAUCUCAAAGUUAUCAGUACAUUGUCUGUGGGCGUUGACCACUUGGCGUUGGAUGAAAUCAAGAAGCGUGGGAUCCGUGUGGGCUACACCCCAGAUGUCCUGACAGAUGCCACUGCGGAACUUGCUGUCUCCCUGCUGCUCACCACCUGUCGCCGGCUGCCGGAGGCCAUUGAGGAAGUGAAGAAUGGCGGCUGGACCACGUGGAAGCCCCUGUGGAUGUGCGGCUACGGCCUCACGGCGAGCACCGUCGGCAUCAUCGGGCUGGGACGCAUAGGCCAGGCCAUUGCUCGGCGCCUGAAACCAUUUGGGGUCCAGAGAUUUCUGUACACAGGGCGCCAGCCCAGGCCUCAGGAAGCAGCAGAAUUCCAGGCUGAGUUUGUGUCCACCCCCCAGCUGGCUGCUGAGUCUGAUUUCGUCGUUGUCACCUGCUCCUUAACGCCUGCGACCAAGGGGCUCUGCAACAAGGACUUCUUCCAGCAGAUGAAGAAAACAGCUGUGUUUGUCAACAUCAGCAGGGGAGAUGUGGUCAACCAGGACGACCUGUAUCAGGCCUUGGCCAAUGGUCAGAUUGCGGCUGCCGGGCUGGAUGUGACGACCCCAGAACCGCUGCCUACGAACCACCCUCUGCUGACCCUGAAGAACUGUGUGAUCCUGCCCCACAUUGGCAGUGCCACCCACGCAACACGGAACACCAUGUCUGUGCUGGCAGCUAACAACUUGCUGGCUGGCCUGAGAGGAGAGCCAAUGCCCAGUGAACUCACACUGUAGCCAGACAGGACACCAGGGGCCAGGCAGACAGUGCCCGAAAUGCUGUCUGGGUGGCAGGCUUGACCUGGACCCCCAGGGCGGGAGCCAAGCCUGGUCUGUACCGAUGCUGCAGAAGGAAGACUGGUGCUGGUGGACGUGCCUGCCACGUUUGUGGCUGGAAACACCCGGGUCGAAAGUGUGUAACUGUAUUAAAUAAUUCUCUGAGA